UCAUGACUAUCCUUCUUUUGUUCACCCAAAACCCGAUCGAUAAUACUGUAGAUUCCUUUGAUGACUCGAUCUUUCAAGCUUCAUGCUCCUGUAAAUCUUGCGUCAUGGGUUUUAUGGACGAUGACUGGUUCAUUUAUCGAUACGACCCCAGCAUUACACCUCUGCUGAACAGAAAAAACAGCGUGUUACGUCGAGACACCUACAGAUGGUGGAGGGGUCUACAGCCAUCAAUGUUCAGGAUCAACUACACAGAGGUGGUGGAUCAGAUGUUUUCUCUCUUCCCUGAUAAAGAGCACUACUCAGACGCCGGUCCAGAUCGCUGCAGAACCUGUGCUGUGGUGGGAAACUCUGCAAACCUUCUGGGAUCCCAUUAUGGGUCUCUAAUAGAUUUCCAUGAUGUUGUGAUUAGGAUAAAUAAAGGCCCGACAAAAGGUUACGAGAGGGAUGUGGGGUCAAAGACAACUCACCGGAUUCUGUAUCCUGAAAGCGCCAUGGACUUGGACAACUCAACCCAUUUGGUGCUUUUUCCCUUUAAGAUUCGCGACAUGCAGUGGCUCAUAAGUACCUUCACCACUAGACACAUCACACGCACCUACACACGAGUCAAACCUUCAAUAAAAGCAGAUGAGAACAAGGUGAUGGUCCUCCAUCCUGCUUUCAUAAAAUAUGUCUAUGAAAAAUGGCUUCUGAAACAUGGCAGAUAUCCAUCUACAGGCUUCAUUACAAUAAUAUUUGCCAUGCAUAUCUGUGAUCAGGUGAAUGUCUUUGGGUUUGGGGCUUCAAAUACUGGAACCUGGCAUCAUUACUUUGACAGAACUCGCACUCACUAUAAAGGCGGCCCUCAUGGUGGAGACUUUGAAAACAAAACAAUCCAUCAACUUCAGCAGAGAAACAAGAUUUCAAUAUAUAAAGGAUAUAGAUAAGACCAGGAAUAGACAUUUUAUGUUUAACAUUUAUGUCAUUUAACAUUUAAGUCAUUUUGCUAACAUUUUUAUGUUGAGGCCGCAUGACCAUAUGUUUAUAAAACUAUAUAACUUUCUUGUGGCCAAGAGUUUAAUGUGUUAACAGACCUUAUGAUUAUCCCAGUUUUGCAACAUUCACACAGGUUUGUUUACGCAUUAAACAGAGAAACAAGAUUUCUAAAUAUAAAGGGAUAAAUAAGACUUCUUCCAUUUAAUGAAGGAUCUCAAAAUGGUGUGUAAAACAAAACAAAAUGGCUACAAAAUUGAUGCAAAAAUGAAAGACAAAUAAAUAUAUGUUAAUAUGAAUGUUAGCUAACUAUGGUAACAAUGUUUUAGGAGCUGUAGCAAAGGUUCUAUAUUGUCCUACUCGUAUUUAUAAUACUGUAUCAACAAACAUAUGGUUUGUACCUGGUGUUCUUGUACUAAAGUAGCCAACUAAUCUGUUAGACAUUUUGAAUGUUUGUAUGGUUAUUCAAAUUAUAUUUUGGUUGAAACAAAAAAUUAAU